CUCAAAAAAAAUGUGUAUAUAUAUAUGCACUUAGCCUAGACAUGUUGUUUCUUCAUAUCUUCUUUGACAUCAAUCAACAAUGGCCAGACUCAUGAGAUUGGAUGGCAAGAUCACUAUUAUAACAGGUGGAGCCAGCGGGAUUGGAGCCGAAGCCGCUAGGCUAUUCACUGAGCACGGAGCCAAGGUGGUUAUCGUUGACAUACAAGAAGAGCUUGGUCAGAACGUGGCCGUUUCUAUCGGACAAGACAAAGCAUGUUUUUACCGUUGCGACAUAACAGACGAGACACAAGUGGAGAACGCGGUUAAGUUCACCGUCGAAAAACAUGGAAAGCUUGACGUUCUGUUUAGCAACGCCGGUGUCAUGGAACAGCCGGUAAGCAUCCUCGACUUGGAUCUCAAACAAUUUGACCGGACAAUCGCCGUCAACGUUCGCGGCGCGGCGGCGUUUAUCAAACAUGCAGCGCGUGCAAUGGUGGAGAAGGGCACGCGCGGGUCAAUAGUCUGUACGACGAGCAUAGCGGCGGAGAUCGGUGGUCCUGGACCUCAUGCGUACACGGCGUCGAAGCAUGCACUUGUAGGGUUGAUUAAAACAGCAUGUAGCGGGCUGGGGAAGUACGGGAUAAGAGUCAACGGCGUUGCACCCUACGGUGUGGCGACGGGGAUAAAUAGCUACAACGAGGAAACGGUGAAGAUGGUGGAGGAGCAUGUCGCCGCUACUACGAUUCUCAAAGGUGUGGUGCUCAAGGCUAGCCACGUGGCUCAAGCAGCUUUGUUUUUGGCUUCGGAUGAUUCAGCUUACGUUAGCGGGCAGAAUCUGGCGGUCGAUGGAGGUUACAGCGUGGUUAAGCCCAUGUGAAGAAAUUAAUAAAAAUAUUUGGCUGCAGACUCUUUUGGUGUUGAAUAAUUCUGUAUUGUCUUCCAUAUCUAUUCGGUAUAAUUUAUGUUUUUUGAAACAAAAUUCAGUGUAAGAUCAUACCUAAUGCUUUAAAGACUUCAAUGGAUAAAAGUGAUA